AUGUUGACGAUAGUACUCUCCCUCUUGUUCCUAUCCUCGACUCUUUGUCAGCAAGUGUGUGAUCCCCGUGAUCCAAAUUGCGUGGACACAUUCCAGAUCGCAGGAGAUAACUUUGGCGGGCGUAUAACCGCUGACGUUCCGUUUCCCAGAGACGGCGGAAGUGGAUUCUCCAAUACACCCAAUACAUUCGAUACAGUAGCUGUUGUGGGACUUGAGAAUGGGAUGCCCCCAGGAUUCGAUACCGCAGUAGCUCAGGUCCGAGGACUCGAUGUCGUCGGCCGUCCAUUUGAUGUCCAGACCGAUUUUGGAACCGUCCAAAGUGGAGUUGGUAUUAUUGAGACUAGAGCUUUCGACAACGACGAAAACCAGGCCAUCAUUGUGGAUACGAACUACCAACCUAGACCCCCUGUUGGCCAGGGACAAAUGAAGAAAGAUGUUUCCAACUACCAGCCAAAAAUGGACAAGAAAAUGGAUGCUUACCCUCGGCAGAUGGACAAAAAGAUGGACAUGUAUCCUGCGAAGAAGACGGAUGGUUAUCCCGACAAAUCUUUCGGUAAAUAUCCGGAAAAUAAUCCAUCAAACUACGAUAAAUAUCCAAUGGAUAAAUACCCAGUAGAAAAAUACCCGACAGACAAAUAUCCAGUGAACAAAUAUCCAGAUGAAAAGUAUCCUGUGGAUAAAUAUCCAGUUGAUAAGUAUCCCGUAGACAAAUAUCCAGUCGAUAAGUAUCCAGUUGACAAAUAUCCAGCUGAUAAGUAUCCCGUGGAUAAAUAUCCAACCGAGAAGUAUCCAGUGGAUAAAUAUCCAGCCGAGAAAUAUCCAGUGGAUAAAUAUCCAGUUGAUAAGUAUCCCGUAGAUAAAUACCCAGUUGAUAAGUAUCCCAUGGAUAAAUAUCCAGUUGAUAAAUAUCCAGUUGACAAAUAUCCAAUGGACAAAUAUCCAGCCGAUAAGUAUCCAGUGGAUAAAUAUCCAGUUGACAAAUAUCCAAUGGACAAAUAUCCAAUGGACAAAUAUCCAGCCGAUAAGUAUCCAGCUGAUAAAUACCAACCAAAGUACGAUAACACUAUGGACAAAUAUCCACGUAAGUACGACAAUGGAUACGACAAGUUCCCAAAAUAUGAUGAACCAUCAAAAAAGUACGAAAAAGUCCCAGACGUUUAUCCGGCCAAAUUCGAGAAGGGCUUUGAUACCUACCCAUCCAAGAUGGACAAAAAAGUUGACCCAUAUCCCACGAAGGUUUACGAGCCUUAUCCAACAAAGGUCUACGACAGAGGACUAGAUGUUUACCCAAACAGGUUCGAUCAGAACGACAAAUAUCCCAUCGUAGACAAGAAUAUGGAUACUUACCCUACAAAAGCCAACAAAAUGGUUGAUAAUUACCAACCUGUAGACAAGUACCAGCCGAAGUACGAUAAGAUGCCAGAAAAACACCAGAAAGGCUCCUACGAUAAGUACGUCCCAAGAAAACAAACCAAGUACGACAUGGACAAAAAAUACCCCACCAAAAAGUCAUACGACAAUGGAAAAGACGACAAUGGAAAAUACGAUAAUGGAAAAUAUGACAAUGGAAAAUAUGAGAAGAGGCGGAGUAAGAAGAAGUACGGAUAUAGUUCAAAAUACCCUCGUAAAUACAGCUAUCCUGAGCCCACCCGCCGUCCAGUCUACAGAAGACCCGUGGUGACUGACCCCCCUGUAAAUCAAGAUGAGUAUUACGCCACCCAACCGACUAUAACCAGGAGAAGGAACGUCCGAAGGAUGCGUCCACGCCGUCCCUCCAGAAGGAGAUCCGGGUAUUAACUCACAAAUCAGGAGAAAGCGGACGCCUCUUGCUCCC